AUGAAUGACGGCAAGAGUCGAGAUGAUGUCGGCGGAACCCAUCAUCGCCUCGAACAACAGCAGCAAAUUUCCCUUCAAUCCAAAUCCAACUGCACAAAAUUGCGAAUUGCGAAAUCAUCAUUUCGUGCAAUAGCAGAUCCAUUCCCAUUCCCUACGACAAUUCCCGAGUAUCAACCUCGAGCUACCUUCCUAGCGGAAAACCAAGUAUUGAAACCAGGUAUUCACGAAGGAAAGGAAAUCGCACCGCCCAUCAAACAAGUUUUCAAGCACCCUGAAUUGGAAAACUACGUGACUGUAGGCUUUGUAACAACAGCAUGGGCACAACAACCAGUAAACCACGUGCUUCCCGUUUACAAUCCAAGCUGUCCUGAAAACUCAUUCUCCCUUUUCGGAAACAUGAUCUCGCCACUCAUAACACAUUUCGUCAACACCCCACUUACCGACACGAGUCAAAGUUGCUUAGCUGUCCAUGACUUGGUGUACUACCAGGCCAAUGAGGGAGAGGAAACUGAGCAUAUUUCGCGGUUAUUUAAAGAGUUGCUCGUAUUUCCGACUCCCAGAGCGCUGCUUGAAGAAAUUACACCCUCUCAGAAUCGCCUUGCGCUGGAUUUGGAUCCCGAACACUCUCGUGACUACAUAUCGAAGAAUUGCUUAGAGAACCCGAAAGUCAUGUCUCUUGAUGAGAGUUCUCAUGUCCUGAAUUGA